GCACGAACAUUUAAAGAGAAAGCACGUCGGGGAGUUGAACGAAACAGAGUCUGACUCGCCUCGGUAAGAUGCAAGUAACAUUCAAGCCAAUGCAGUUUUAAUGACAUACAUUGUGCAUUUUAUAAGCGCAUUUUUGCUAUUAAAAAGAGCUUGAGCGUUAUGCCAGACUGCCUGACAAACAUAUUUUAAAUUAAAUGCACGCAGUCCAAAGAAGAGAAGCACCAUGGACCCCUUCCUGCAAAGGAGGCAGACUGAGUCAGUACUGCAGAUGCUCAUCUAUGAUAUGAGGCCACUCUCCAUGGUUGACAGUGCUGGGUUUCAACAGAUGAUAGCCCAGUUCAACCCUGACUAUAUCCUGCCAUCCAGGACCCAUUUCACCCACUUGAUGGAGCAGAAAUACAGUACAAUGUUUCUGAAGGUAAAGGAGAUCCUAAAAGAGGUCAGCAGCUCCCUCACACUGACGUGUGAUGUUUGGACCAGCCGUGCCACAGAGGCAUAUCUUGGAGUUUCGUGUCACUUCAUUACCAAAGACUGGCAAAUGAAAACUCUAAACCUCCCCACUCUACCUCUAGAGGAGAGGCAUACUGCUGCCAACAUCAUGUUAUGGAUGGAAGAGGUGAUAGAGAAAUUUGACAUCUUGCCUAGCAAAAUUAAAGCAAUAGUACAUGACAACGGGUCUAACAUGGUGGCUGCAGCUCGACUCCUGGAAGAAAAACAUGGUUGGUUUUCUGUGCGCUGUGCUGGGCACACUCUCCAACUUAUUGUUAACAGUACCCUCAAAGAGCCCAGCAUCAACAAAGCCACCGGUGCAGCAAGAAACUUAGUGGAGCACUUUAGGAGAAGUGAGCUGGCGAAUUCAAAACUGAAGAAGCAGCAGCAAAUGAACACAGCAGAGCACAAGCUGAUCCAGGACGUAAAUACGCGAUGGAAUAGCACGUACUACAUGAUGGAGAGACUCCUGGAGCAGCGAUGGCCAGUCACAGCGACCCUCUCUGACCCUGAGGUAACACCUAGAGGCAAGCACUACUGUGACCUCAAACCAGAGCAGUGGGUGCUACUUGAAGAGCUGGUGCAAGGGUUGGGGCCUUUUGAAUGUGCAACCAUUUUCCUCAGUGGACAGGAGUAUGCUACUGCUUCAUGUCUUCCACAGCUGGUCAAAGGUCUGCAACGGUCCAUACAGCAAACACAGUUUGAGACGAGUGCAGGAAAAGCCUUUCGAGCAAUUGCAGGAAAGGGAAUAAGUGAGAGGUUGGAGAAUCUUAACACUGUGUCUGCAGAGAGAGACAACCCACUUGUUCUUGCAGCUGCCAUCAACCCAAGAUUCCGAAAGAUGAAGUUUAUCUCCCCUGAAGAUGGCACAAGGGUGCAAAGCACAAUUGAAGUUCUUGCCAUAAUAGAAGCUAAGGCUGAGACUGGGAUACAUGAUGACCCUGAGCUACAGCUGAAGAGGAGGGGCAAUGUCUCAGGGGGAAAGUCAGCGCUGGAUAACCUUCUUCAGUCCGACACUGACAGCCGGAGUGAGGAAGAGGAGGAGACCCAGUAGGACCUAAAAAUCCAAAUGGUGAGGAAGGAAGUUCAGCUGUUCUUC